GUGCCCGGGCUCCGCCUCUGCCCUCUCUUCUCUUCCAGACUAACUUUAUUGUAUUAUACUUUUGCAUUGGAAAAGCAUUCAUUUUCUCCUUCCCUCCUCCGAAAUGAUUUAUGCUGCGGAGUCAUUUGGAAAGGGCUUGGGCUCCUCGGAGGAGGGCUGGGCUGGAGAGCAGCGGGGUUGCCAGCAGAGGAGCGGUUUUUGCUUGAGUGUUACCAAGUGUUUCUUUCCUAUCGCUAGGCUUUCCUCCCCACACUCUCCCUUUGCCACACUUUUGCAGGUUACUUGGUGAUAAACUGUUACUGCUACGAAAAACAUUUUGCUUUUCAUUGAAUACAAUGUUGUAUUCUUUUCUAAACGACCCAAACCCAGAAACUAUACCUGAACAGUUAGUUAAAAAUAGCUUAUUUCAGAGUUUGGAGGGUUCCUCCCUCAGUUUUUUUUUUAAGCGUUGAAGACAUUUGUUUUAGUUAGCCGGGGGAGAGAAGAGAAAACUUCUGUGUGUGUAGGUCCAGAAUUAAGUCCUACUCCGAAGUCUUAGCCCUUCUUGGCGUGGAGGACACCCAGGUUCUCCAAAGCAAGGCUGAACAUUUGUGGUGGUCCACAAUGGUUUCAAGAUGGCCUGUAAUGAGCAUGCCCAGAAAUUCUGAUUUUCAAACAGCAUGAUAUUUGCUUUGAAAGACUACACAUAUUCUUAACAUCUUGAUCACUUGAUUACACAGAUGAUGAGGUUUCUUCAGUUUGCUGGUUUGAACUAUAGAAACUGAUGGAGCUUGAAUAUAAAAUACUGAUUUGGUUUUGCUGAAGAAAGACACUACACUGCUCAGCUAAUCAUUACCCAUAUAAUGGAUUUUAUCUGACUUGCUAAAUCACAUUGCAUUAUCUCUCUGGACUUUGUGGUAACAGUACAGGAAAUGUUCCUUUAUUCUUACCGUAUCUACAAACAAUAAUUACUAAUGCAUAAAGAUAAUUUUUUGAGCUGCAGCAGAAUUAAUGUUUGCAUCCUUUAUAAGAAUCCUGGUUUUAUUCAUCUGAAAGAUUUUAAUGAUGAUGUUUCUCUAAAGUAUGAACAAGAAAAGAACUUGUAGCAUUGAGAAACUGUCUAUUGAUAAGAAUGCCCAGAAGAGGUUUAAUGCUUCAAGCCAGGACCCGUUGGCUUCUCUUGGGUCUUGCCCUGCUGUGUAUUUUGAUAUUAUUUAUGUACCUUCUUGAGUGUGCUCCACAGACCGAUGGCAAUGCCUCUCUUCCUGGCAUCAUUGGAGAGAAUUAUGGUAAAGAGUAUUACCAGGCUCUCCUCCAAGAACAAGAAGAACAUUAUCAAACUAGGGCAUCUAGCCUGAAACGUCAGAUUGCCCAACUCAAGCAAGAAUUACAGGAGAUGAGUGAGAAAAUGAGAUCAUUGCAAGAAAAAAAGAACACUAGAGCAAAUGGUAUGAGUUUUCAAGGCACCAAAGAACAAAUACCUAGUGAUCUUUUGGAGUUUCUUCAUUCUCAGAUUGACAAAGCUGAGGUAGGCAUAGGAGCUAAACUACCUAGUGAAUAUGGUGUCAUCCCCUUUGAAAGUUUUACCUUAAUGAAAGUCUUCCAAUUGGAGAUGGGUCUCACUCGACACCCAGAGGAAAAGCCUGUUAGAAAAGACAAGAGAGAUGAGUUGGUGGAAGUUAUUGAGGCUGGCCUGGAAGUUAUUAAUAAUCCUGAUGAAGAAGAUGAUCAAGAAGAUGAAGAUGGACCAGUUGGAGAAAAACAACUAUUUAAUGAAAACGAUUUUGUAGAAGGUUAUUAUCGUACUGAGAGAGAUAAAGGGACACAGUAUGAACUCUUUUUUAAGAAGGCAGACCUUAUGGAAUACAGACAUGUCACUUUGUUCCGACCCUUUGGACCUCUUAUGAAAGUAAAGAGUGAAACAAUUGACAUUACCAAAUCAGUUAUUAAUAUCAUUGUACCUCUUGCUGGAAGGACUGAGGCAUUUGCACAGUUUAUGCAGAACUUCAGGGAUGUAUGUAUUCUUCAGGACAAGAGAAUUCACCUUACAGUGGUAUAUUUUGGUGAAGAAGGACUAUCUAAAGUCAAGAUCAUCUUAGAAUCAGUUUCUCGUGAAGCUAAUUUUCACAAUUAUACAUUGAUUUCAUUGAGUGAAGAAUUUAAUCGAGGCCGAGGACUAGAUGUGGGUGCCAGAGCCUGGGACAAGGGAGAGGUCUUGAUGUUUUUCUGUGAUGUUGAUAUAUAUUUCUCAGCAGAGUUUCUUAACAGUUGCCGAUUAAAUGCUGAACCAGGAAAGAAAGUUUUUUAUCCAGUGGUGUUCAGUCUUUAUAAUCCUGCUAUUGUUUAUGCCAAUCAAGAUGUGCCACCACCAGUUGAUCAGCAAUUAGUCCACAAAAAAGACUCUGGAUUCUGGCGAGAUUUUGGUUUUGGAAUGACUUGUCAAUAUCGAACAGAUUUUCUGACUAUUGGUGGAUUUGAUUUGGAAGUAAAAGGAUGGGGUGGAGAGGAUGUUCAUCUGUAUAGAAAAUACUUACGUGGUAAUCUUAUUGUUAUUCGGACCCCAGUUCCUGGUCUUUUUCACCUGUGGCAUGAAAAGCACUGUGCUGAUGAGCUGACCCCAGAGCAAUAUCGCAUGUGCAUACAGUCAAAAGCCAUGAAUGAGGCUUCUCACUCCCACCUUGGAAUGCUUGUCUUCAGGGAGGAAAUAGAAACUCAUCUCCAUAAACAAGCAUAUAGGACAAAUAGUGAACCUGUUGGAUAAAUUACACCGUCAUUUUAAUGCAUUAUAAUAUGAACAACAACCAGCACUAUUCACUUGCCUUAAUUAGUUUACAAAUGCAGUGCCUCUCUCAAAGAACAUUUUAUCUGUGAGAUAUUUCUGUGUUUGACACAAUUCAAUUAUCUGAAAUGAGAAGAAAAAGCAAGUGUUUAAUUGAAAUCCUCGAUUUUGUGAGAAUACAGCAGCAAAGAACAACUGCCCAGUUUGUUCAAUGAGAAUCCAAUAUUUUCCACCCAGAGUUGUUACACUGUCUAUCUCAGCUGUGGUACUGUGCUUUUCAGACAUCACUUGAUUAUGUCUUUGUAUUUGAUCAGUUUAAUUCAUCCUGCUGAUGGUAUUAGUAGCAUAUUUAUAUUUAGGAGACAGCGUGUUGUUUUCUGCUAAAUGGUAAUGAGGGGCCAUGCUUUUUGUGUCUGGAUGAGAUCUAUGGUCAUUGAGUACUUAAUUGGUCUUCCUAAGAGAAUGAGAAGCCAAAGUAAUUAGCAGAGGAAAACUGGCUCACCCGUGGUCAUUCUGCCAAGUACAACAGUAGCAGAGAUUGGAACUUAAUACCUUUGUAUCAGUUUAUUGCUUUGCCCACAAAUCUCUAUGAGAAAAUGUAUGGCAAUGGGAAACUUACUGAAAAACUUGAUUUUAGGUAAAAGUAUGUGGCUGGAUUAGAUAUGUAACAUUAAUGUGCCAUUACAUUCUUAAUCAUCACAUUACAAGGUUAGUAAUCAUAUAGGAAAAAAAAGUGGCUGCACUAUUUUUAUAUUAAGGAGAAUAAAGUAUAUCAAGAAUUUUUGAGUAGUAGCAUUAAGGAAUGUUAGUUGAAAGGGACUUUAGAGAUCAUGUAGUUCAGUAGCCUUGUUAUACAACUGAGGAAACAAGUAAUUUGCUUGAGAACACACAACUAGACAGUGGAAGACAGGACCAGGAACUAGUCUUUCUGCACUCUCAGUCCAGUGCUUUUACCCCCACACUUGCUGCCUCCGCAGAAGAAUCUUUCAUUAUGUUGGUAAAUAAUUCUGUAUGAAGUGACAGUUGGUGUAUACACGAACAGCAUUUGCUUAUGUAAGCUAAGCAAACAGUCCUAUGGGUGAAUUUCAGAAUCUAUAAGAACUGUAAAUUUAAAUGAAUAGGCUUUUUAAAAAAAUCUUUCUAUCGCUAUACAUAACAGGGGAAACAACCAUUUAAUUACGCCCAUUUUCUGAUGUAUGUUGAAAGGUACUGUUUAUGGGGAAACUUGCUUGUGUCUUUGGGUUGAUAGGUUAGAACUUCACAGGAAAUGACUCAGUUUACAUGCAAUAAGACUUCAUUAAUUUGGAAUAAUAGAAAAUGAAUAAUGUAACAUGUUGAAGUAUCUCAAAUAUUUUAAAAGACUCACUUUAUUAAAGUAUAAAUUAUAAAUGAAGAUAUACAUGAGUAUUACUAAUGAGGUAUAAUGUAGUGAUUUUAAAAUCACAUUUAAAGUAAACCUUAUAAUGUAUCACAAAUAUUUGCUAUGACAUAAACUUAUAGGAAUUGUUUUAUUUGAAAGUUGGAAAUAUAUCAAAGUAAUGCUUAACUUUAAAAAUAUUUUGUUUGUUUGAAAAAGGUACUGAUUUUAGAUUGGAUUCCCCUUAUUUUCACUAAGACUGUGAAAAUUCAAAGGAAGAAAUAUUUUGAACCUUUUAUUAAGUAAGAAUCACACUAUUUUUGAAUUGUUACGGAUUCUAAAUUGGUGGGGUCUGUUAGGUUUUACUUUAGUUUUGAUCAUUGUUUAAUUUACCUCUACUUGAAUGAGGUUGGACUUAGGCAUUUAAGAUAUGGAGUAAGAUAUACUGUUGAAAGUUAUUCUGGACUUCCAUUGUACAUAAAUUGCCUGUUAUUUAUUGUGAAGACAAUGUAUUAUGGUAUUUAAGAUGAAAGAAUGUAAUCAUUUGCAAAGGUAAGCUGCAACUGUUUCUUUUUGUAUGCCAGAAUUAGGUACCUUUUCUGCAUUUGAAUAGCUUUUUAUUUAAAGUAUGAAAAUUAUGAAAUGGAAACGUUACUAUGUUUUCAUCAUCGUGCGGUACCAGUAAAGUAUUUUUAUUACCAACAGUGGUCUGAAAAUGUCAUCUUCUUUUGAUUUCAACGUAAGCUACACUAUCUGCUUUCCCCCUUGCAAAUCAACUACUGAGAAAUACAAGAAGAUGGAAGCUCUGUACUGUUUUAAGUAGAUAGUCAAUCAAGCCGCUACUCAGGAGAUUUUGAUCACACAGUGUAUUUAGAAGAUGAUCUGUUUAGAUCUAGAAAGGACCUUAGAGGGCCUGAUUUGUCCAUUUACUCAUUUAGUUAUUGGCAGAAGUGAGUGGUUACUAAUUUUUCCCCCAUAUGUGUUGUUUGAACAUGUCAAAUGUAAACAUAUUUUGUUAUAUAAAAAUUUCAUUGUACUGAUGAUUUUAAAGAUUGUUAUAUUUCUGUUCAAGAUUUGACUUAUACUCGCCUUCAUUCUCCCUUACUUUGCUUAAAGAACCUCUAAUCUUUAGUCACAUGCUGUUAGAUGAAGGUUGCCACAACAGUAUGCCUAAGUUCUUUUAUAAAAUAUUUCCUUGGGUAGAGAUAACCUUACUGGUAAGGAUUAAAUAUGGAAAUAUUGGGUUUGGUAAGAUUGUACUGGCCCAUUUGAGAUGUUCUACAAAAUAGAGGCCUCAGUGGGAAGGUUCAUCUUAAAUAGGAAAGUAUAUCUAGUGAAAGUAAAUGUCAGAAACCUGCUGGUUUAAUUGCUUUGUCAUUAAAGUGGCUCUUCAUUGAAAUUUUUAAAAGGCUAGCAUUUUCUUUGGGACUUCUAAUUUUUCAAAAUGUUUUGUGGUGGGGUUAGCCAGAGGGGGAAAAAAAAACAAUUUCAGAGUUACUUGGAGGAGAUAGCAUGCCUACAGGAGUAUAAAUUUGAGCUUUAUGUAAGUAUUAGCAUAUCUAAUUUAUAGAAAAUUAGUUUCUUUUUCAGUUGGUUUGUUUUGCUAAUUUUCAUAAUAGGUUUGCUCCUGUACCUACAUGUCAUCUAUUGGGUUAUAGAGUCUUUGAAGUUUGGGACUAUGUUUGACAUCAACUAGUGUAUAGUAGGUCCCUGGCAAAUGUUUAUUAAAUAAAUAAUUGCUUCUUA